CUGACCUUUAGUUUGAUACAAGUGCCGCAUUCUGAUUUCUAGAUGUCUCUGUCCUCCGUGUCUACCUUCAUUCAUGUCCCUAGACAUACUACUUAGCUCAAGUAAUCACCACCGACAACCUUCAAACUCUCUGAAAUCCCAAGUCCGCAACGACUGCCCCCCUCCGGCGAUAGCCCAACUCCAACACCGUAGCCCAACAACCUGUGGAUGAGCACGAAUGGCAGGACGCUUUGUGCGCGCGUCGAAGUAUCGACACGUAUUUGGGAAGCCGACAAGGAAGGAAUCCACCUACGAUAACCUGCACAUCAGUCGCAAUGCAUGGGAUACCAAUUUGGUCAAGGUCAACCCGGAAUACCUAGCUGUGAACUGGGAAGCUAGCGGUGGUGGUGCUUUUGCUGUCAUUCCGUUGAAUGAGAAGGGCCGCUUGCCAGAGCAUAUUCCGCUGUUCAGAGGACACACUGCGCCUGUGCUUGAUACUGACUGGAACCCCUUCAACGAUCGCAUCAUUGCAUCCGGAUCCGACGAUGGAAAGGUCUUCAUCUGGCAGGUUCCGAACGGAUUCUCGCUAUACUCGGACGCUGAGGAGCCAGAGGAUGUGUCCCCCAUCAGCAAGCUCACUGGUCACUCCCGCAAGGUCGGACAAGUCCUAUUCAACCCUGCUGCCGAGAACAUCCUGGCUUCGGCCUCCGGCGACUACACGAUCAAGCUAUGGGAUAUCGAGACGGGCAAUUCUCCCUUGACUCUCAAGCAUGGCGAUAUCGUGCAGAGCUUGUCUUGGAGCGCGGACGGUACAAUGAUGGUUACCACCUCCCGUGACAAGAAGCUUCGGAUCUGGGAUGUGCGUCAGGAGAGACCGGCACACGAGGUUGCAGGCCACAGCGGUGCGAAGAACAGCAGAGCCGUGUGGAUGGGCGAGCACAACCGUAUUGCGACGACCGGAUUCUCGAAGAUGAGUGAUAGGCAGAUGGCGCUGUGGGAUGUUGGCGCACCCCAGGAGCCCAUUGGAGGCUUCACAAUUCUUGAUUCUAUUUCUGGAGUCUGCAUGCCAUUCUGGGACGAUGGAACUCAAUGUUUAUACCUCGCCGGAAAGGGCGACGGCAACAUUCGCUACUUCGAGUACGAGAACGACAAAUUUGAGUUCCUCUCAGAGUACAAGUCUGGAGAUCCUCAACGUGGUUUGGCAUUCAUGCCGAGACGUGGUAUCAAUCUCCAUGAAAACGAGGUGAUGAGAGCCUACAAGACAGUCGCCGACUCCUACAUCGAGCCAAUUUCAUUCGUCGUCCCACGCCGCGCCGAAGUCUUCCAAUCCGACAUCUACCCACCUGCAGUCGGCUCGAAGCCCGGCGUGUCUGCCUCCGAGUGGCUAUCCGGCAAGAGUGCGCUCCCACCCAAGAUCGACCUUGAGAGCGUCUACGAAGGCAACGCACCAAAAGAGGUAGCAUCGGACUACAAGCCGCAAACCUCUGCCCCUGCUCCAACCCCAGCUGCAGCCAAGGUCUCCGCACCAGCCAAGAAGGAGCCAGAGCCUACGCCAGUCGCCCAAAGAGCACCCGCUCCAAGUGUCUCCCAGAACAAGUCCUCCAUCUCCGAGAUGGCAUCCAAGUUCCAAGACAACGACGUCGAGGAGGAAGACGACGACGCCUCCAGCUUCGAGGAGAUCCCCAAACCCGUCGUGAGACCCCAGCAGGCAACCGCAGCCGCAAAGCCGCAGCCAAAGGCCGCUUCGCCCGUUGCCCGUCAAGCCCCCGCCCAGGCCGCAGCAGCGACUACAAGCGCAGUACCAUCCGGUGCCGCGACGACGCCAUCCGGAUCCCCAGCGUCAUCUACCCAGGCAUCGUCGUCGGUUGAGAACUCGCUGGAUCAGAUCAAGAGGCUCCUAGAGCAGCAGACCAAGACUAUCACGGCCCAGAGCGAGCAGAUCGGUCAUCUGGCUUCGGAAGUCGAUUUCCUCAAGAAGAAGUUCAGUGGUAGCGAGCAGAACGAGCGCAUCAAGCAGCUGGAGCAGGAGCUUGAGGAGGCGAGAUCUUAGGAUUAGUUAUAGCAAGCUGUGCUUCAUGCGCCUCAAUUGUGUCGCGUUUGUGGAUUAUUGGUUUUCAGCGGGGCAAGCAUGCGGGUGAGAGUGGUAGAAGACGGGAAUUGUGAUAUCGUGGGGAAAGGGGGAGGUUUGUUUCUAGAAACUACA